AUGGGGAAGUUUAAAAUGCCCAAGGCGGAAGACUUUUUAAAAAGAAAGCGAAUUCAUGGCCCAAAAAAGGAUCCAGUAUGGGUUUAUUUAGAGCGAGAAAUGAUGCAGAACAUAGACAAGAAACCAUACAACACUAAAGUUGGUACAUGGCUGAAGUUCUUGAGAGACCUUCGGCAUUACUUCUACAAAGAAAAUAAACGGAAGUACAGACGUCUAGAAAGGGAAGCUGGUCCGCCAUGGUACUAUGAGAUGUCGAACGAUCAAAGGAAGGUUUUAAAUAAUCUACGACACGCCAUUCACGAGGAUUUGAUACAAGGGUUGCCCGUCCGCGUACGCCAGUCGCUACUUGAUAUCGGAGUUACAAUCAGAUUUCCAAAGGAUCUACUCAUGAAGUCUAUGGAAAAUUCUAUUGAGGAUCCAGGAGUGUUCAUUUGGAAUCUCUUCACUGCUUAUUAUAAAGUUCCUCCAAGCACACUUUUACCAAAGUACAACGUCAAUUCAAUGUUACUGAUGUCGUCUCUCGUGUUUAUUGAUCUGGAAGACUGCAUCAAAGAAAUGGAGAAAGUCACGGAACGCCAAAACCGACCGCCGAAGCCAAAAAAGAAACCACCUCCAAAGUACUUUGAACCGAACGUAAAGUUUGGAGAGUACCUACAAAAGAUGUACGUGCCUUGCUACAGCAACCACCCUCUGAAUCCGAGGAAAGGACCCAGGAAACCCAUGCCCUUGAAGAAUAAAAUUAGUCUCAGGAGCGAGGAAAGCUACGAGAAUCUUCGAUUAAACCUGGAUUUUAUAGAACGACGGAAAGAAAAGAAUAAGAUGGAGCAGCAAACAGAAAGAGUUUGUCAUUAUAAAUUUUGGGAACCUCCUACUACUUUACGUAACACGGAUCCCAAAAUGGCUGCUUAUGUUUUGGCGCUAAAAAUGUUCAAGAAAAAGGCAAAGCCGCGAUAUUUGAAACAGAAACCACCGUUCGACAAUCUGCAGUGUCAUAUCGGAAAUGUAUCGUAUUCCGGAGGGACGCCUCGUUUCAUAUUGAACAACUAUUGCACGAUGGCUACCGGCUACAUACCGCUGAACGGUGGAGUCGUGAAAUAUGGAAAUGAAUACGUCACACACAUUCUCGGAUAUUGGAAAUAUCCCAGGGAUCAAGACGAUAGAUGUGACUCUGAGUGCGACUGCUUGACGAAAUGGGAAGGCAAAGUUUUUGAUUACUUGAAAGAUUCCAAGUGUAAAUGUGGUCAUAACUACGAUUUGUACAACGAAGGCAAGUCAAAAGAUAGGUAUUUCUAUCCCCCGAAGAGGUGUGCUCCGUUUUGGCUUGACCAGGCAAAAAUUUACCAAUUGGACCCCAUGGAGGAUUUUAUAAAAGACACCGUGCGAGAUGCUUUGGCAUCAACUGCACCAACGACGAUCGUUUCGAAGCCCUCUGUAUCACUGACAGGACUGAAACCAAGGGAGCUUGUGGCUGCUUUGUUAGCGGAUAUCGCCAAUACAGAGCUAAUAAUACCGCAUAUGCCAAAAGCCUGUGACUUGAAAAACCUACAAGAGUGGGCCAGAAAACGCAUCAAAGGAGAAAUUUCUCCAAAGAGUCACAAACAACUGAUUCUACAGUCACAACGCAGGUGGAUGGACCUUAAACACAUGGACUUUAGAGCUAGGGCUUACAUGAUACCAUUUACUCUUAAGGAGCUUGAUAAAUUGAAAUUCAACCAUAAGAAAACGAUAGAUAAAGUGUCCAAUAAACUCCUUGAGAGCUUCCAAACAAGGAAUAAGUUAAAGCAGGUGGAACAAGCUCGCUUGUGGUGGUCUACAAUGCAUGCGGACGCGUACCCUAGCAAAGCAUUUGUGGAUGUGUUCUUCUCGUACUUGCCCGGAAGACUAAAAGACACUUACGUAAUUAACCCAUACUCGCCUUUCAUCAAAACUGGGAGAGGAGGCAAAACAUGUCCUCUCUCAACAUAGGGGUUCCCCAUCAAAAACAAGAAAUAUGAAGUAAACGUACUAAGUUAAGUUGUAAUUGAAGUGAAAGUGAAAUAUUAUACUAUAAAACUAAAAAAAAAUUGUAACGUUUUUGGUCAUUAAAAUUGAGUCUUGAGUCGAAGUCUCGC